UCAGGACCAGAGAGGAAUGGAGGAGGACGACCAGACCCAGGAGCAGCGGAGCACCGAGGUCCCCAGAAGACCAGCAGCAGACUGGGACUCUGAUAGCAGCCAGGUUCAGAAACCGAGAGGAGGAGAAGGACCCAGACCACACGACUGUCAACGCUGUGCCAAAUCUUUCACAACAUCUGCAUAUUUAAAGCUUCAUCAGAGAGUUCACACUGGAGAGAAACCGUACAGCUGUGAUCAUUGUGGGGCAGCUUUCACACAACAGAGUAACCUAAAAAGACAUGAACGUAUUCACACGGGAGAGAAGCCGUACAGCUGUGAUCAAUGUGUGUCAGCUUUCACACAAAAGGGAUACCUUAAAUUACAUCAACGCAUGCACACUGGAGAGAAUUUACACAGCUGUGAUCAAUGUGAGGCAGCUUUCACACAGCAGUAUCACCUAAAAAUACAUCAACGCAUUCACACUGGAGAAAAACCUUUCAAUUGUGGUUUAUGUGGUAAAACCUUUUCUCAGAGUGGUCACCUUGAAAGCCACCGACGUGUUCACACUGGAGAUAAACCUUACAGCUGUGAACAAUGUGGGAAAACUUUUUCUGAGAGUUGUAACUUUAAAAAGCACCAGCGCAUUCACACUGUAGAGAAGCCGUACAGCUCUGAUCAAUGUGAGGCAGCUUCCACACGACCGAGUUACCUAAAAAACCAUCAACGCAUUCACACUAGAGAGAAGCCUUACAGCUGUGAUCAAUGUGAGGCAGCUUUCACACGACCGAGUCACCUAAAAAUACAUCAACGCAUUCACACUGGAGAGAAGCCGUACUGGUGUGUUCAAUGUGGGAAAACCUUUUCUGAGAGUGGUAACCUUAAAAAACACCAGCGCAUUCACACUGCCUCGUGAACAUGUUUUCAGAGCCAAUCUGUUUCCUCCUGCGUGCAUGUUAUGAUGGCUACGACUACAUAUUACAUUCCUUUCCUUUGAAGGUUUAGUCCUGUUAGAAGUAGGUCAAGUGCUGUUCCUCUUGAUGCUGUUUUAAUGAGAAUAAUUUUCCAUUCAUCCAGACAUCUGCUGUCAGAGCAACAGCUUGUUUCUGACAAUUGGUUCUCUAUUUGGGCUUUUGUUUUUGUACAAUGCAGGAAUUACAGUCUGCCUGAAGUGGGCUCGUGAAGGAAUAGUGUAACAGGGCUCAAUUACUUUAACCAUGUUCAUAAAACCUGCAUUUUUGAUGUCUUUGGCCCUGUUUGAAUCAGUUUGAAAUUGUUGCCUAAAUGCUGUGGGGAUCAUUCUUCAUGUGUUCGUCUAGUUCCAGUUAUUGACACACUGAGGUGAUGUCGGUGUAAAGGAGUUGACAUGUUUGUAGUAUUCCCACUGGUGUAGCCUAUUCUUGUGUAGCAGAUGUGACAUACCGUUGUUUUUAUCCACCACUCUCUUACCACCAGCCUCAUAACUUACAGAGAAACCAAAGUGGCUCCAAACACCAGAACUGUUGGUUAUUACAGUGCCUUGCGAAAGUAUUCG